AUGGACGGCGACGACAGGAAGAUCCUGCACCUCGUGAGGCACGGGCGGACGGAGAUGAACGAGUACCUCGCCUCGAACCGGUGGGACGCCUCCGACUUUGUCGAUCCGCUCCUGUACGACACGCGCCUGACGAAGAAGGGCGCGGCGCAGGCCGCGUCGCUGGCGCCCGUGACCAGAUUCCUCGAUCCGAAACCCGAGGUCCUCAUCGCCUCGCCCCUGCAUCGCGCGAUGACCACCGCGGACCUCGCGUUCGCCGGCUGCGAGGGCAUACGAAAGGAGACGUGCGCGCUGAUGCGAGAGCGCGUGUUUCACGCGUCAGACGUGGGCCGCCACCCGGACGCGAUCGAGGCCGACUUCCCGGAUUGGUGCGUUAAAGCGUUACGCGAGGAGCACGCGGACGCGAACGGGGUGUGGUGGUACGCCGGCGACGGCGCCGACGACCUCGGAACGGCGGUGAGCGCGAGCGGCGUCGCGCAAGAGCCGGUGGAGGAAUUCGAGCGGCGGAUGGGGGAACUCGUGCGAUGGAUCGAGUCGCGGCCGGAGCGGAGCAUCGCGAUGGUGGCGCACUGGGGGGUGUGGUACUCGCUGACGGGGCGGGAGUUCGAGAACUGCGAGCUGGUGACGUGCGAGCUGGGGGACCUGAGGGUGGGGGCGGGCAAGUUCGUGUGGGGCUGA